ACGUUUCCAAAAGGCAAUGUUUCAAGUUUGUGUCUCCACCACAACAAACUCACAAAAUGGAUAAGCAAAUUUUGUUUCUUCUUCCCCUUCUCAUCAUGUCCCUCUUCACUGUUUCAAUAGCCGCUGAAUCUUCCAGCUCAUGCCCCAUGGAUCUCAACUAUGUUGAGACCUUUCCAUGGGACUCUUCAUCCUGCAGAGACCCUGUUGACAAGAACCACUGCUGCCAAGUCUUGCUAAGUGUAAUUGGCAUAGGACUUUCCCAACAUCUCAAACAAACUUCCUUGUUUCAACUUCCCAAUGAAACCAUUUCCUCCAAUUGCUUAUCCAAUUUCCAAGCCAAACUCACAGCCUUGUCAAUUGACCCAUCUUUGGUCAAUUCUUGUUUUCCCAACUCCUCCCAGUUUGUCACUAAUUCCUCCACUUGUGCAGGUAUUAUAACCAUUGAUGAUUGGAAGCAAAAAGUGGGGUUGAUUAGCCCCUUAGACACUUCUUGCAAUGGGGACCUGAGUGAUCAAACUCGUUGUAGCAUAUGCUCUGAUGCUGGCCUCAAAGUGACAUCAGGGCUCAACAGUAACUCCACAAGAUGUUUCUACUUCACAAUUCUGUAUGCUGCAGCUAUUGUUAACCAGUUUGGUCCAACAAAUUUAGGCACGGCAAGUUGCAUACUAGGCAUGCCACUUUCUGUAAAAGGGUCAUCAAAUAGAGGACUAGUGUUGAAGCUUGUUAUUGGGCUAUUGGGUGCUUUUGUUGGUGUUCUGCUUGCUUUUGUGUUGAUUGUUGUCUAUAGAAAGUGGGAUAAGAGAAGGAAGGAAGAUAUGCAUCACAGGGAAAUUGAAAGCGGUGUGAGGAACAGUGUUUUGCCUAACACUGGUGCCAAAUGGUUUCACAUAUCGGAGCUUGAGCGAGCCACAAGUAAAUUUUCUCAGAGGAACAUGCUAGGCCAAGGUGGUGAUGGUGUUGUGUACAAAGGGACUCUUUCGGAUGGCACCGUGGUCGCGGUUAAGGAGAUUUUUGGUUUGGAGACUAAAGGGGAUGAAGAUUUCACCUAUGAGGUGGAGAUCAUAAGCAAGAUAAAGCACAGGAAUCUUCUUGCUCUUCGCGGUUGUUGCAUUUCAAGUGAUAAUGUGAAGGGUAAGAGGAGGUUUUUGGUUUAUGACUUCAUGCCUAAUGGAAGCCUCAGUCACCAAUUGUCAAUUGCUGGUGCUAAUAGGCUAACAUGGCCACAAAGAAAGAACAUAAUCCUUGAUGUGGCUAAGGGUCUUGCUUAUUUGCAUUAUGAAAUCAAACCCCCAAUUUAUCACCGUGACAUUAAGGCUACCAACAUACUUUUGGAUUCCAAAAUGAAAGCCAAAGUUUCUGAUUUUGGUUUGGCCAAGCAAGGUAAUGAGGGACAAUCUCAUCUCACCACAAGGGUUGCUGGCACAUAUGGUUAUUUGGCACCAGAGUAUGCUCUAUAUGGCCAACUAACUGAAAAAAGUGAUGUGUAUAGUUUCGGCAUUGUGAUUCUUGAGAUCAUGAGUGGGAGAAAAGUGCUUGACACAAUGAAUUCAUCGGUUGUUUUGAUCACGGAUUGGGCAUGGACACUUGCAAAAUCAGGGAACAUGGAAGAUAUUUUUGACCAAUCAAUAAGAGAAGAAGGACCAGAGAAGGUCAUGGAAAGGUUUGUUCUUGUGGGGAUACUUUGUGCUCAUGCAAUGGUGGCAUUAAGGCCUACCAUUGCUGAAGCACUUAAAAUGUUAGAGGGUGAUAUUGACAUUCCUCAAUUGCCUGAUAGGCCAGUGCCACUUGGUCAUGAGUCUUUUCCAUCUUCUUUGUUGCAAGGUUUACAAAGUGGAAGAUCAACGGCAUAUUUUUCAUCAUAUCUUUCAUCUUUUUCAACAAGGAUGAGCACAGUAUAGAUUGAAAAGUCUAGACUAGUUUGUUUGUGCUGCCAUUAGUAUUUGGAUCAGAAUUAGGUGUAAGUCAGCAAUUCACGGCCACCACUUAGCAUUUGAAGGUUCGAAUAAUUGACCUUCAGAAAUCGUGCCGUAAAUAUCUUUGAUUAUUCUUUUUCAUUUUGUACAUUGUAAUUUGAUCAUAUACGAUUGUUAUGAAGUUUGAUUUGUUGCAUAUGUAUAGCGUCCUAGGAAAAGACUUAUGAAGUAAAAAUCCUAAUAUACUUUAUUGUUUUAUUGGUGAAUAUAUA